UUAAAUACGUCCCCACAAAACCGCGCGAUCGAACACACUGCAAGCUCACGCUCACCCUGUCACACUCACUCCAGUGUAGUGUACCGCAGCGCGAGCUUUGCAGGGAGCAAUGGCGAUGGCGGUGCGGGUCGCGGCGGGGCUCGUCGUCGCGCUGCUGCUCGCGGGCGACGCGUCGGCGGCGACGCUGGCGCUGUACAACCGGUGCGCGGAGACGGUGUGGCCGGGCAUCCAGCCGAGCGCCGGCAAGGAGCUGCUCGCGCGCGGCGGGUUCCAGCUGGCGCCCAACCGCGCCACCUCCAUCCGCCUCCCCGCCGGCUGGUCCGGCCGCGUCUGGGGCCGCCAGGGCUGCAGCUUCGACGCCGCGGGGCGCGGCCGCUGCGCCACGGGCGACUGCGGCGGGGCGCUCUACUGCAACGGCGCCGGCGGCGCGCCGCCGGCCACGCUGGCGGAGAUCACCCUCGCGUCCACCCCGGCCGCGCAGGACUUCUACGACGUGAGCCUCGUCGACGGCUACAACAUCCCCAUCGCCAUGACCCCGUCCCACGGCUCCGGCGCCAACUGCGUCCCCGCGGGGUGCAUCAGCGACCUCAACCGCGUCUGCCCCGCCGGCCUCGCCGUCCGCGGCGGCGGCGGCGACAACCGCGUCGUCGGAUGCCGCAGCGCCUGCGCCGCCUACGGCGCGCCGCAGUACUGCUGCACCGGCCAGUUCGGGAGCCCGCAGCAGUGCAAGCCGACGGCGUACUCCCGGCUGUUCAAGACGGCGUGCCCCAAGGCCUACUCCUACGCCUACGACGACCCGACCUCCAUCCUCACCUGCUCCGCCGGUGCGUCCUACAUCGUCACCUUCUGCCCGCACCGCCGCUAGACAGCGUAACCCAACCCAAGCAAAGAUUUGCUUCCCACUCAUCAUGAACAAUGGCAAAGACGCUAGCUUUAGUCAUGGUGCAUGGCAUUGUUGUUGCUGAUGUUCUUGGUUCUUCUUGAUGCUGUUGAUGCGUCAUGUAUUAGUGCCGUAAUAAUAAUAAUACUAUUAUUAGCAUUAAACCAGUGGGUUGUACUGUAGUUUUAGCGGUUGGUUUGGGUAUAACGUGAGGAGAUCUGGUGGUCUACCACUGGUAGGCCGGGAAAGGAGGAGGUAUAUGGGUAUAUGGAAGAACUGAAACUAGUAAUAUGUUUGUUUCCGUUCAAUUUCAGCUGGUUUUGGUGCACCUGAGCAAGAUAUGCAUUUUACUUUCACUUA